AUGUCAAGUACUCCUGAAGAGAUCUACCAUGAUAUCCUUUUAAGGUUACCGGGGAAAUCUUUGGUUUCAUGUAAGUAUGUUUGCAAGUCUUGGUAUAAACUAAUUUCUAAUCCUAGUUUUAUUAAGUCUCAUCUUAAUCUUGCUAACCAACGAAACAAGUAUCGCCUUAUGUUUGAAUGUGAUGAGAUGAAUAGCGUGAAUUCCAUAAGUUAUGAUUCGUUAUCAUCCUCGAACAUAUAUGAUGAUGCUGUUGUUGUUGAAAUGGAUUUUUCCUCCAUGUCUUCAAAAUGUAGUAAUGAAUUGUUAGGUUCAUGUAAUGGCUUGGUAUAUGGCUUGAAUAAUCAGUUGGAAUUAUUUUUUCUGUGGAACCCAGCCACAAGGGAAUACAAGAGAUUACCCAAAUCAGAUGCUUAUUAUUAUUACGGUACUUUCCAUGGUUUGGGUUAUGAUUGUAAGAGCGAGGAUUACAAGUUGGUAACUGUUAGGGAUAGUUACAAGUGUUUUCUGGUUGAAGUCUAUUCUUUAAAAUCAAACUCAUGGAAAAGCUUUAAAACCAUCCAACGAUAUAGGCUGGGAACUCAUUAUGUAACCUACUCUGGGGUGUUGUUAAAUGGAGCUCUUCAUUGGCCCGGGGAACCCGGCACAUUAGUCUCAAUGAAUAUCAGCCAAGAGGGAUUUGAAGUAUUGGAAUUGCCAAUAACUCAUGGUUAUGACUUUAUGAGUAUAGGAGUGUUAGAAGGGUGCCUUUGUGUACUUUCUGAUCAUGUGGAUGAAACUUUUGAAGUAUGGGUAAUGCAGGAAUAUGGAGUUCCAGAAUCUUGGACUAAACUUUAUGCGAUUAAAUUUCCGAGAAGAGAGUAUCAUUCCAGUAUGGUGGAGUUAUUAGCGUCGCUUAAGAAUGGUAAGAUUCUGUUUAAGAACGAGCCAAUUCCAGAUGUCAAGAAUAGCGUAUUUUUAUAUGACCCGCAGUGUAGAACUGCUAGACAACUAAAUAUUACUGGUUUAAACGAUGGAGAAGCAUUCAGUUAUUUUGAAAGCCUGGUUUCGCUAAAGCCUUCUACUUUAGGAAAGAGAAAAAGAGAAGAAUCACUGGAAAUUUAA